UGCCGGGGAGGAUGCCGCUCGUGGUGGUCUGCGGCCUGCCGGACAGCGGCAGGAGCCGGCGCGCCGAGGAGCUGCGCGAGGCGCUGGCGGCCGAGGGCCGCGCCGUGUGCGUGGUGAGCGACGCGGCGGUGCUGGGCGCGGAGGACGCGAGCGUGUACGGCGAUUCUGGCCGUGAGAAGGCGUUGCGCGGGUCCCUGCGAGCCGCGGUGGAGCGGCGGCUGAGUCGCCAAGACGUGGUGAUCCUGGACUCUCUUAACUACAUCAAGGGCUUCCGCUACGAGCUGUACUGCCUGGCCCGGGCGGCGCGCACCCCGCUGUGCCUGGUGUACUGCGUGCGGCCCUGCGGUCCGAGCGGCGGACUGCAGGCGGCGGGCGGGGAGGAGAACCGCGGCCGGGACGGCAGUGUGAGUUGGCGGCCGCGCUCUGAGGAGGGCGGGAGACCUCAGGCGGCAGGCGCUCCCAGGGAACUGCGCACAGCCGACUCUAUAGUAAACGGGAGAGCCCAGGCCGAAGGACGGAAGGAACUGGAGCCAGAGGAAGUCGGCGCAAGAGAUUCUUCACCUCCGCAGUCCGAAAAAUCUUCAAAGCCUCUGCCUACUAGUGCCUUUUACCCCCCGGAACUUCUGGAGGCCUUAACGCUGCGCUUUGAGGCUCCCGACUCUCGAAACCGCUGGGACCGGCCUUUGUUCACCUUGGUUGGCUUAGAGGAGCCUUUGCCUCUGGCGGAGAUCCGGACUGCCUUGUUUGAGAACAGGGCCCCUCCACCGCAUCAGUCUACGCAGUCCCAGCCCCUCGCUUCUGGCAACUUUCUGCACCAAUUGGACCAGGUCACCAGCCAGGUGUUGGCCGGCCUGAUGGAAGCGCAGAAGAACGCCGUUCCUGGGGACUUGCUCACGCUUCCUGGCACCACGGAGCACUUGCGGUUUACCCGGCACUUGACCAUGGCAGAACUGAGUCGCCUCCGUCGCCAGUUUAUUUCCUAUACUAAAAUGCAUCCUAACAAUGAGAACUUGCCUCAGCUAGCCAAUAUGUUUCUUCAGUAUCUGAGCCAGAGCCUGCACUAACAAGAGUAAGGGGGAAGCGAUGGCCCCUGACUUUCACUGCGUUGUAUUUAUCUGGGAAGAAAAGUCUGAAGGUCUGCAGAUAACAGUACUGUACUAGAUCCAUUGUGACUGAUUCACUCAAACUUUCCUGACUGCCUCUGUGCUAGGCCUUGAGGUUACUCCAUAAGUUGUGACUGGAGAGAACGGAGAGAUUGGAGUAUCCCUGACAAAUAGUUUCAGAGGCCAGAACUCAGGAGAAGACAGCUUGAUUAGAUUGGAUUCUACUGGGGAUAUCACACACCAUUGUUUUCCCCUAUCACAGCUGUGGGAGAGCAGACUGGAUGGAUGAGAAUUGCUUUAAAACAAUUGUCAACAGCACAGGGCACAGUUCCUCAUCUGUACCUGCCCUUUUUUCAUACUAAGCAUUUUUGAAUACCAUGCUUUUGGUUGGUCACUAUGAGACAGUUCACAGAUUCAAUGGUUUCUGUCCUUGGGAGGUGUUGAUUUUGUGUGGAACUGGAAGCAUAACCACCAAAUUAUUUUCUCUAUUAAAAUCUUUUAAAGUA